AUGAAGACCGUAAUCGUAAGUUUCCUCGUUAUUAUCGCCCUCUCAGUGUUUGCCGACGAAGAAAUCUGUCAACGCGACCAGCGCCAUUUGGAAAUUUGCCGAAAUUCCGAAGUAAUCACCCGCGUAAUCCAUCCCGAAAAUUACGAUUACGUGAUCUUGGAUUGCUAUAGCAAUACAACCGUCGGUCCCAAUGCCUUCAAGAACCUGAAUACCUGGGAGCUGCAGUUCGUGUUCGUCGAGCAAGAACCGCCGCUAAUGCUGUCCAUUUCGCCAGGAUCAUUCGCCGGAAUCGAUUACAUAUUUCAUCUCCAUAUUCAAUACGCAAAUAUAACUUACACUGGUAAUCCUUGGUCUGAUCUUGCCCGUAUCAACGAGUUCAAGUGUGAAGGCUGUGCAUUCACGAAGAUACCGACUGAUAUUCUAUCGUCUCUGCCGAAUUUGGAAAAGUUGAUUCUAGACAACAAUCGCAUAGAAGUCUGUCCUGAGAAUGCAUUCAUUGCCCUCAAUAAAUUGAAGUAUCUAGACUUGUCCGGUGAAAAUGGGAUGACCCUCGAGUCGGGUUGUUUCAACGGGCUCGAAAAAUUACAAGAACUGAAGAUAAACUCCAAUUCUUUCAACUUAAACCCCGGUGUUUUCAACACAUUCAACAACUUACCCAACUUGAACAUGAUGGGUUCCUUCGAGGACGGCGUCACGCUAUCCGACGUAUUCCGAACUUUCCCGAGUCUCAACGACUUCGCGCUGUUGCAUAGUAACCUAACUCUGGAGCCCGAGAUAUUUUCUGGUGCCCAAUCCCUACGUCAGCUUCGUUUGCUCCGCAACAACAUUACUAACAUUCCGAAGAAUGUUUUCCAGAAUCUCAGUUCGCUGGCGCUCCUCAAUUUAGGAGAAAAUUCAAUCACAACGAUAGAACCAGGUGCCUUCUCCGGAAUGAAAGUUUUCAGCUUGGUGAUAUCUUCAAUUCCAACUCUGCAAGUCAUCGAGACUGGGACCUUCGAAAAUCUGUCUGUUGACCUAUUGAAUCUGUCCCAUUGCAAUAUUUCAGUCAUAAAACCACAAGCCUUCAAUGGAUUGAACGCAUCUUGGGUUGAUCUGGAGAACAAUACAUUGACCAGCAUUGGUCCUGAAGAUUUUGCUGGAAUGCAAACUGAGAUCUUGAUUUUGGCUAAAAAUGAUCUCACUGAAAUCGCUCCAGAUGCGUUCAAAAAAUCGACGAUGAAGCAGCUUGUUCUGCCGGCGAGGCUUUUAGCGACUGCUAAUAAAACCACCUGGGGGCUACCUGAAUCAGUGAUACUUACUAGCGAUGAGUGAAUCUGUGUCCACCCUGACGGAUCACUCGAUAGCAGGAUGAAGUGGUGCAGCCAGUCAAGUGUUAAUCAAGUACUGAUCGAUCUCUCCUCAAUUGAACGACUGGAGAUUGACCAGCAAUUGAGUAGCUAACGGCCAUUGACUGGUGAUUACCUUGACCUUUAAUUGAUUAAUCAUCACGUCGUCAUCGAUUAACGAUCAGCCAGCUAUUGCUCGAUCGAUUGACCAUCGAAUAGGCAUCGAGCGAUUCACCAGCGCAUGGAAGUGUAAUAAAUGUAAGCCACAAACUGCUAGUAACGCAAUUGUUAUCUCACUGAAUUUGUUAGUUUAAAUAAAAAUAUACGACAAA